AUGGGCGCCGGUCUGUCGAAAGCUCUCGGAAAACUGCUCGGGAACAAAGAGAUGCGUAUCCUGAUGCUCGGACUCGAUGCCGCAGGCAAGACGACGAUCCUCUACAAGCUCAAGCUCAACCAGUCAGUCACCACCAUCCCCACCGUCGGCUUCAACGUCGAGACGGUGACCUACAAGAACGUCAAGUUCAAUGUCUGGGACGUCGGCGGCCAAGACAAAAUUAGACCCCUCUGGAGACAUUACUACACCGGUACUCAAGGCUUGGUUUUCGUCGUCGACUCUCAGGACCGUGAACGGAUCGAAGAAGCGCGUCAAGAGUUGCAUCGGAUUCUCAGUGAUCGAGAGAUGAAGGACUGCUUGCUACUAGUCUUUGCCAACAAGCAGGAUCUACCAGGUGCCAUGUCACCUACGGAAGUCACCGAGCGGCUGGGAUUACACAAGAUGAAGGAUCGCUCAUGGUACUGUCACCCGAGUAAUGCCCUCGCAGGAGACGGAUUGUUCGAAGGCCUUUCAUGGUUGAGUCAAAACGUCAAGAAAUCAGGCGCGCCAAGCUGA